CUGAUAAUGGGAUUAGKGGCUUUGUAGCUUUGGCCGACGGACUGGACUGGAUGGCGGAUGCGCCACCGURGGAACUGGGCCGRGCAGUGAUGRCUUUUUCGUCUGGAUUAGGAGCACAGAACAUUCCCCCCAGGGGGGAUAUUUUGUGAUUAGGRGUWGGAGGACGAAUUGAGAUUAAUUGCCCAAUGGGGCUGGCGCCAGUGGCCUGCACUUGGGGCUGCAACUAAGCACUUUUUUGUCGGCAAAACUAAGCGAGCCAAUUUCAAUUUUGCCCAAAAAAUCACCUAAACUCUAACGCGCUAAAACAACCAAAAUCUGGCGAUUUUGACCCAAGCCGUCAUCCUCAGGCAUUUUUCGUGCAACCAUAAUUCGUCGCCCGUGAUGUUCAUCUCUCGGUGAACUCGCGCCGUCCUUGUCCCACCCGUUGUGGACGACCGUGACUGGAGAGUCUGGCCCCAAAAUAGCCCCCGACGCCCUGGCUCGUGCCUCGCCAUUCAGACUCUUGACGGGGGUCUGAAAUGGGGCCCGAAAUAGGCAGCCCCCCGGCCACAAGGCUGUCUAUUUCCAGCCACUGCAGUGGCUGUUGCGCGAUUGUCUAAUUUCGCCUGCAAAGUGCGACUUUUCUCGUAGCACCAAACGGGUUAGGAGGGCUUGAUGGGGCUUUUCCAGGCUCAAUCGGUCGAGCUGGGGCACUGGUUGACCGACUGCGGCUAAAAGUGUUUAGGUGCUUAGGGCCUUCAAGCAGGAGAUAACGGGGCAACAAACCGCCAGUUAAUCGCGAAGCCAGGCCGCGGCGCGGCGCUGGCAACGCCGCAGCCCCAUUCAAUGUCGGCCAUGUUGUGCCUGCACUUUGACAAAAGCAGCAACUCCAGUGUGGAAGGUUGAGCAAAAUUGAGGCAAAACCGCCCGAAAUCCCCGCACGGAACCCGCCGCCACCAUGGGGAGCAGGCCAGUGACGUAAAGCAGCCGCCGCCACCGCCCACCGACCCCCCUGUUGCUCGUCCCCAGCAUUGAUCGUUGAGACCAUGCCAGGCCCGCCGCCGCCACCGCCGCCAGGCCCGCCGCCCUUCCUAGGGGGCGGCAGCGCCCCCGACGGGCGGGGCGCCCUCCUGCAGAGCAUCCGACAAGGGGCGAAGCUCAAGAAGACCGUCACUGUGGACAAAAGCGCCCCAGCCAUCCCCAGCAACAACAGCAGCGCCCCGCGCAACGGACUCUCCAGCAGCCCCAUGCCGAACGGCAUCCCCCUGGGGGGGCUAUUCGCGGGCGGCAUGCCCAAGCUCAAGGCCACAGGGCUGAGGGGCCCCAGUCCGGCGGGGCUGGGCAGCCCCAGCCCGGCGCGUGCAGCGAACAGCGUGCAGGACCAGUUGAAGCGGCAGCUGCACAACCCGAGCGACACUAAGACGCGGGGGCCCCCGCCGCCCGCCCCAGUGCGUCAUAUAUCGGCGGAUGAGGGGCGCCCAGCCAAACCCCUGGCUGUUCGCUUGAACGGGGCGCAGCCCAACCAGUCGUCGCUGCACGCGACUGCGGCCAAACUGCACCGGAAGUCCAAAAGCAACGCCAAUCUGUGCGCCCUGGAUGCGCCCGAUACCGGCAACGCGCUCAGCAAGCCGGCCAUCAGCCACGGGAAGCCCCACUUGGCGCCCAAGCCGCCCCUUCUGAACGGCAAGCCGGCGCCGCCCAGCAAACUGAGCCUCAAAAUCAGCCGGGCGCAGAGCAUGCGGGCGCCCCGGUCGCCCUCGCCCCAAAGUCCGCCCGCCCUCGAUGUGGGCAGCAAGUUUGGCACGGUGCGCAACAUGAGCUCGCUGCUGGGGCAGUCGCUGAACAGCUUGAGCGCGAGCCCGCGGCCGCGCCCUGCCCUGGCCGGCCGCCCGUCGGUGCCGCCGCCCUCAGUGCCGCCGCCGCCCACUCCCAAGGCUGCGCCCGUCAAGCCUCCGAGUCACGCGCCUCCGCCGCCGCCCGCCCAUGCGCCGCCGCCGCCUCCCCACAAGACUCUUUCGCAGCCCAGUCGCCCGCCCCCAGCCGUGCCGGGAAACAAUGCGAACCCGCCGCCGCCGCCCCCGCGGCACUCUUCCAUGCGGGACGUGCAACACCAGCAGACGGCGCGCCGGUUGGCUGCCGAUUUGGAGGAGAAGUUCCGCAGCGCCUUCGCUGCGCCCGAGCGCUUCCCCCGGCCGCCGCCCUAUCGGAACGUUGUCAAGUCGUACUCGAACAAACAAGAGUCCUCCUGCUAGGACUGCAUGCACUUUCGUCCGGCUCGCCCGCAGUGUCACCUAACCUCAUUGAUUGGCGUUUCUGGCGUGUUAACCUCUCCCCACUCUUUCUUUCUUUGGUUGCGAUUGGCGUAGACUAGUGUGUGUGUGUGUUGGCAUGGCGAGUGGGCGGAGUUUAGUAGUGGCAAUGUUGCAGUCGGCGGCAAGCAGCAGGCGCCGUUGCCGCCUCCGCCGCCUAAAGCGUGGAGCUCGACGUCGGCCUGCUAGCGAUCAGCGAGUUCUUCUUCCUCUUCCUCCUCGCGGUUCGCGGUGUGGUUUCAGUGACGUGACGGUCAAUAGGGCGUGGCCUGUGAUACGAAAUUUAUCAAUUAAUUUUAAAGGCUGGCGCGGAGGGCCCCCCAGGACAAUCGGCGCUGGACGCUGCCAGUCAAUAAUUGUUAUUAUUAGGGCGAUUAAGAAAGUGUCGGCGCGGCCGAUGAAUGUUUGUAGUCUAUUUUUCUAUGGUAAUUCUCUAGAAUAAGUUGCGUAAGUUUUAACGGUUCGAGUCCACUUACUUACCCACUAGUCACCUGUUGUUAACGCGUGUUUGCAGCGCAUAUUUCAGUGCCUAAACUAGUAAAUUAUUUCGUCUGUGCGUGUACAUAACUGAUGUAAAUAUUCCGGAUUUAGUCGCUAGGUUUACUAGAACGAAGCGGUUCAAUAAAAUCAAUCUAACAGUU